AUGGUUGCAUCCUUUCCCCAACGCAAAAUCGGCGGCACAUCCGUGUCUGCUCUCGGUCUUGGUUGCAUGGGCAUGUCUAUGUCAGCUCUGACUGGCGAGAAGCGCGAUGAUGAAGAAAUCUUCAACACCCUCACUACUGCGGCCGAUAUGGGUAUAACCUUCUGGGAUACUAGCGACUUCUACCUCGACAACGAGGAGAUACUUGGCAACUGGUUCAGUAAGACAGGUCGCCGCAAAGAGAUCUUUCUCGCGACCAAGUUUGGCUGCAAGCAUGGACCGGGGGGUUUGGGAGAUGUCCAGAUCAGUGGAAGUCCGGAGUAUGUGCGGGAGUCCAUCGAGAAGAGCCUGAAGACGCUAGGUACAGAUUACAUCGACUUGUAUUACGUUCACCGGAUUGACCCUCGCACGCCUAUCGAGAAGACAGUGGAAGUCCUCGCCGAGCUUAAGCUAGCAGGGAAGAUCCGCCACAUCGGUUUGUCGGAGUGCUCAUCACGAACUCUGGAGCGCGCGAGUAAGGUGGCCAAGAUUGAUGCUGUACAAAUGGAGUUUUCGCCCUUCGCUAUGGAAAUCGAGGAUACCGGCUUCAAAGACGUGGCGCGGAAGCUUGGUGUCACGAUUGUGCCCUACUCACCUUUGGGUCGUGGUUUCUUGUCGGGAGCAAUCAAGAGCAGAGCCGAUUUUGGACCUAACGAUCCUCGGCCUCGUAUGCACCCAAGGUUUUCAGAGGAGAACUUCCCGGGAAAUCUCAAGUUGGUUCAGAUCUUCGAGGAUAUCGCAAAGGAAAAAGGCGUCGCUACUGGACAGGUUGCGCUAGCUUGGGUUCUUGCGCAGGGAGAUGAUUUUAUUCCGAUUCCAGGCACGAAGCGAGUCAAAUAUCUGCUUGAAAACGCUGGUGCAGUCAAGGUCAAUUUCACUGAUGAGGACGAGAAGCGAGUGAGGUCAGGCUUGGACGCCAUUGGCGGCGCAAAAGGCGCGCGCUAUCCUGAAGCUAAUCUCGCUGGAUGUUUCGGUGACAGUCCCGAGCUUGGGAGCGUGUAA